GCCGCCGUAAGAGAGGCAGAGCCUGCGGGCUGGGUUGGGGGAGAAGGCCGCUCCUCUGGCCGGAAACCGCUGCCUUUCGGGCCCGGCGGGACCUGAGCCGACGCGAGUCGGACGCCGGUGACGGCGCCAGGGGGCGCAGGGAGUGGCUACCCUGAGCACCCGAGGCCGCCACCACCCGCAGACCAUGUUCCUGAUGCGCCUCACUUCUCAGCUGUUUAGGGCUGUUCCUCGAGCAGGUUGCAGUUGGCCCUGGCCAGUCUCAGGGGUGCUAGGCAGGCGUGCCUGUUGGCCCUGCUACAGCACGCAGCCGACAGGCCCAAGCGGAGCUGCCUCCACCCCUGGCAAGGGAUUCCAGCUGGAGCUGGAGGAGAUGCUGGUCCCCAGGAAGAUGUCCAUCAGUCCCCUGGAGAGCUGGCUGACCGCCCACUACCUCCUACCCAGACUAGCUGCUGGGAGCCCAGGGCCCGUGGCUCCAGCCCAACUCUAUGAGGGUCCACCUAGCCAAGAGGGGGAACCGGCUGAGCAGGGGAUAGAGGGGAUCUGGGAUGCACCCCGGAUGCAGUGCAAAAAUGUGCUGAAGAUUCGCCGGCGGAAGAUGAAUCAUCACAAGUACCGAAAACUGGUCAAAAGGACUCGGUUCCUGCGGCGGAAGGUCCGGGAAGGACGCCUGAAACGGAAGCAGAUCAAGUUCGAGAGAGACCUGAGGCGCAUCUGGCUGAAGGCAGGCUUGAAGGAAGCCCCUGCGGGCUGGCAGACCCCCAAGAUCUACCUGAAGGGCAAAUGACUCUCGUGCUCCUGCCCCAUACCUGUGAUGAUCCGUUGUAAUAAAUGUUCAGAGCACGCAGCUGUC